GGUUAAGGUUUUUCGGAGGAGGUGCUUCUGGGAACAGGCAGCCAUCAUGUUUCAGCUCCUCUGAGCUGUAACUGCGCAGUUGAUAUUAAAACCAGAAUCAUUUCCCCCAUAGGCUCGAUUCUUCUCUCACAGCCAAACAAGCAGUCUCAGGAAGGAUGUCUGUCUCCAUAACCAAAGGCGAGGGGGUCACUGUGUUCACUAUGACCGUUGACCCCAACAAUUCCUGUCCGCCACUGUGCCAAAUCAUCAAGUCCCUCUGCUACAGCCCAGUGUGGUGCACUGUGUCCCAGCGGCUGAGGACGGCUCAGAGGAUGUCUCAGUCAGUACUCGGGGCUCUGCACAUUAUGACCGGUUUGCUCCACAUUGGCCUCGGAGUGAUUCUCCUGAACAGUCAAAGUGGCUCUGGGUGGGUGAUGGACGUCACCUUGUUUCCUGUUUGGAUGGGAGUACUGUUUACUUUAUUCGGUGUGAUGUGCAUUCUCUCGGAGAAGUUCCCCAGUCUGUGUCUGGUCAGCAUCAACGUGAUCCUGAACAUGACCGGAGUUGCUUUCGCCUUAACAGCCAUCGUACUCUACAGCAUCAACAUGGCAGACGUGAGCUUGUGGUGGAUGUGUCGCGAUGACUAUUAUCAAUUCAAUUACGACGAUCAAAUCUCCACAACGUCUACAGAGAAGAACCUCAUCCAGGAGAGGGGCCGCAUCCUGGAGAGCUGCAUCGGUGGCCGACAUCUGGCUCUGAUGCUCCUAAGAGGCAUCAAUGGCGUGUUGAUCGUCCUGUCGGUCCUGGAGCUCUGCAUCACCAUCAGCUCUGUCGUCCUGGGGAUCAAAGAUCUGAGGAGCAAGGACAAGGGAGAAAAUAAGAAAACAGGCGACCUGGAGCAGUACCAACCACUCCUGGAGGAAAUCAACACCAAGUAACACUAAAGCCUGAACUAAGAGCUCUGCGAUGUACAAUCAGGUACCAGGAAGUGUACUAGUUUGCUUUUGUGUCAUUGUGUGUUUCCCUUACAUCAAAUGAUUUAACUCCGCUAAACCACUUUUUCUACAGGAUUUUGUUAGAAAAUAUAUUUGUACUAGCUCUGUAGAGUUUUGUCUAUAAUCUAAACUGUAAAUGCUGCUUUCAAUUUAUUAAAGAAAAUUGAUUUAGAUUUGUAGUGACACAUGUUUUGUGUUUCAGUUGGUUUGCAGGGAGAAGGGAGAUUCAUGCAUGUAUGUAUCUGCAUGUGGGUCAAGGUCUGAUAUGCAUUUCCUUUGCUAUUAUAUAAUGUUAAAAAAUAAAGGUUUCAAAACUA